UUUUACGGAGUUGAGUUACUUCAGAAGAAACAAAAGAAAUAAAUAACGCAAGUCAAUUUCAUGGAAGAUAAUGUCUCUGAUCACUAUUUAUUUCACUCAGUAAAAUCAUAAAUCGAAACGUAACUUCUGUCUUCUGUAACUCGAAAGUGAAUAGAUCUACUGUUCUCCACUUCCCUAUCAAAAUUAUGAUCAUGCCUUAUAUGAUAUACCUUUAUAUUUCCUUUUUCAUAAACUUCUAACAAUCAACCAAUAAUAGUAUAACCCCAACAUUUAUCUAAUAAAAAAUGACAUUUGGAUAUAACAUUAUUCUAAAAAUCAAAAUAUACAAACGUUCAUCAUUGUUAAUAGAGCCGUGCUCACCAUAGUAGAAAAAGGUGAUCGCCUCAGGCCUCCCAUUUUUACAUCAAUAUUUGGGGCCCCAUAUAUUCAAAAUACAGUAGUGGUUCAUGAAGUAAAAGAAGAAGAGCGUAUACACAUAUUUAUAAAGAGCUUCUUGUCUAAAUAUUUUGUUCGAUCCCUUUUGAAUAAUGUUUUUUUUUGUCAUAGACAUACUUAGUGUAUCUACAAUUUCAAUUAUUUUUAGAAAAAAAAUAUGAAAACGUAUUUGUUUUAAAAAUAAUUAACCUUAGACCCCCAAAAGUGUAGGCACAGGAGUGAUUGCUAAUGCAAUGGUAAUUCCUGUUUUAUAACUAAAACAACAAAGUUAGUAACGUCAUAAAAGGCUUACAAGCUGUUUUUAACAUCUCAAGAUUGUCGUUGUAAGAAAACAUUCCACAAACAUUUAGAAAUUCCAGUCAUCAUCAUUUAAGAUAACAUAAUAAGUAUUUUAUAACUAAAGUCAUCUGUUUUAAUUAAUAUUGAAAAUCAUCCUUACAUUGUCAUGAAUUUUCAGUAUUCUCAUUUUUUUUAAUCGUCCAUAAUUCUCUUACAUGUCAGCAUGAUCCUGUAACAACAACAAAACAAAACAUUUGAGCCAAAAUAUACUUGUGAAGAAGAUAGAAUUAAAUUAAUCCUGAUAUGGUUAAACUUUCUGCAUAUUAAGAAAUACUUAUAUACAUAUAAGUAUUUAAUUUGGUGUUGUGACAAAGGAAGCGAGAAAUGUUUGAACUUUUGAGGAAGAGAAGAGGCUUCAUAGCAGUAAAUUAAAGGAAGACAGAACAGUGCAAAGUCACAGGGAUAUCAUUUUUGGUACUCCUUAUUCAAUGUUCACUACACAUCUUCCAAUAUUUUCACACCAGUUAUAAAUUAUUCUUCCCCAACCAUACUGAUUCAAUUGGAGAUAUCAAUUCGCAAAAACAAAGACUUUGUAAUAAUAAAAAAGCUUGGAAACAUUCUUCACUUGCACUUUAAUUUGUUCGCUAUAAGUGUUGUCCUGCAUUUAUACUUUCAUAACUCAUAUUAAAAUCUAAAAUAACGUUUGAUCAGUAUUGGUACAUUGUAAAUAUACAUACUAUCUCGUUUGGAAUAUAAUAUUUUAUAGAGCAACCAAACCCUAAAGACAUCGAAUCUACAAACUAGUCAUAAUACAAUCAUCUAACCGGUGUAAACCAUCUCUAAUGUUUCCAUGGUGUCUGUAGAAAAUAAUUUCAAAUUUAAUAACGUAUCAUUCUUUGUCGAGCAAAAAAAAAGAUUAAAUUCUCAUUAGUGAUCACUCUAUGUAACAGAUUUCACUCUCUCCUUCGCGGCUUCUAGCUGGACUCUUGCUGUUCUCAUCAACUCUCUCAAUUUAUGGCACACGUACACACACUCUCUCUCUCUCUCUCUCUCUCUCUCUCUCUCUCUCUCUCUCUCUCUCUCUCUCUCUCUCUCUCUCUCUCUCUCUCUCUCUCUCUCUCUCUCUCUCUCUCUCUCUCUCUCUCUCUCUCUCUCUCUCUCUCUCAUCUUGUUUUCGUAAGUCUAUUUUUGCUGAGAUUUUUCUUGUGAAUGUGUGUUUUCUUUGGCAUUCUUACCAAAACUUUAACUACGAAAAGUACAUAUGUAUACAUAUAUGAAUGAUAAGAGUCUUAUUAUGAUUAUGCAAAACCAAAUCUGAUUAGCUUGAGUAAAAUGUUUUUGGUUAGUUGAACAUAUGGUUUCAGUUAUCCAAACACAUCACUUUGUAUUUUGUAAUGAAUAUUCUAUAUAAACUAACAUGUAUUUUAGCAAGAAUUGGAUUUUUUUUUGUUUGUCGUCUAUUUAGAAAUUAUAUAUGGACUGACCUGUUUUAUCUUACUUUAAAUUAAUUAUUAGUUCAAUAUUUCAAUUAUAAUCUUUGUCUCUCCAAGCUCUAGUUUGAUUCUUUCUUUUGCUACACUGUUUUCUAUUUUUUAUUUUAUUUUGAAAAUAAUUAUUGAAUGGGUAUGUUUGUCACUUGUCCUAUGUUAUUUAAUUUGUAUAUAAAUUCGGGUUGUGAGCUGUAAUUUGGUCAGAAAGAGGAUGAGAGAUAAAUAGCAUUUCCCAGGUGUUUUAAAUACAAUCUCUUCUCCAUCUCCAUCUCCAUCAUUUCCACCCAGCACCUCCCCUUAUCUUCUAAGAAGUCAGCCUCUAACUAUCUCUCAAAUUCCGAGAAAAAUCAAGUAAUCUCCAUUUCUCUUUCUCCUUUUUAUGACAGACUAUCCCAUGUUUUUUUUAAAGCAAUAUAUAAAUCUUAAUUCUUAGGUCGUUUUUGUUUUGGUUUUUGAAGAACCCUCACAUUUUGUCUUUUACCAUUAAUGCAUAUACUUACACACAUGCUUAUAUGCUUCAUAGACGCGCAUAUAUAUAUAUGUACAUAUAUUAUAUAUAUAUAUAUAUAUGCAUGAAUCUAUAUAUACAUGGUUAUAGGAUUGUUUACUAAAUAUCUCAGCUUCUUGUUGUUCUCGUUUUAGGGUUUCUUUUUGGUGGUCUUUUUUUAGAUUUGUUGGGUCUCUUUGUUUCUUCUUCUGCUUGUUUAUUAUAUAUAGAGACACUAACUAGAGUUGUAACUAUAUAAAAAUGGAUUCUGGAAAGAUCUUUGGAUCCGAUGAGGAUUCUCGCAGCUGUGGUGAAUCUGGAUGGACAACGUAUUUAGUCUCAACCCAUGAUCAUGACUAUGAUAAUUACUCUGAUGAUGGAGAUAGCAGUGGUGGUGAUUCAAUGGAUUCUGACGCAUCUUCUGGUCCAGUGAAAGCAACACCAUGUCUCAAGCUUGCUCAAGAGACUACGGAGCCAAACUGUUUGAAGAAAAAGAAGGCUACCGAAGAGAAGGUUUUGGUGGAGACUAGGGUUCACAACGACAAUGAUGAUGAUGGUGACAACCAUGAUUAUGAUGAUGGUGACAAUCAUGAUUAUGAUGAUGGUGACAAUCAUGAUUAUGAUGAUGGUAAUGAUAGUCACAGUGCAGUUCAGAGUUACGUUGGUUCGGUUUGAUAAGACGGGUUACUUUGAUUUUAUGUUUAUGUUAAAUUAAUAAUAUGUUCCAGUAAUGUAAUGUCGUUAUGUUUUUAUUUCAAUGUUGGAAAAGUAUUUUCUACAUGAUGAUUUGCUAAUUAUUUAUUGUAUAGAGUCUACGUAGUUAUCAUUCACACUAUUCUAUUAGAGAAGUGUUAAAUAUUUCAACGAGAUCAUAGCUAGUACUGAUACAGUGAUGAAGGUGACGGUAUGUAGAUAGCUUGGGUCUCCUUAUAUAUAUGUUCAUCAGUAGAUUCCAUUAUGGGUUUCUUUGUGAUAACCAUCGUACCCAUUUUGAAAUACAUAUAUGACAUCUAACUAUUUAUACUGAUAAUCUAUAUAUAAAUGUAAAUUUACUAUGAAAUUCUACUUAAGCGAGAAAAGAAAUGUUACGAACCGAAAAGAUUAGAAAACCUAAUUUUGAAACAUUAAUACAAAUACAAAAAAUUUCCAUUUGUAAUUUUUAUUCAUAUACUGAUAAAUUAAACUCUAAUAAUAUACUUUGAUUUAGCUAAAUUUGUUUUGGUCUUCCGAUUUUUUUUUGUUGUUCUUGUCUUGAUUUUGACCUAAUUCAGAACUGAACAUGUAGAAAAAAUUGGAAAACAAUGCUGCAUAGAGUUGGAUCGUAACUAUAGACUCGCACACACACGCGUGCACACCGAUUGAUCUUUGGUUGUAUCUUUGGCACAGACAGGGAAACAUGUUUGUGACCAUAGGAAACACAUCUCUUCUGCACGUGUACACCUCUGCAAUUCUUUUAACUUUUGUCCUUUUACCCCCAAUUUCUUGACAUUUGUUCACAUGCACCCUCUUGGAGUUACUAUAUAACUACAAAUUGAUAGUUUGAUAAUAACGUCGUCGAAUCAAUUCUGAAACCCAUAAGAUUUGUUUCUCAACUUAUAUAGUUUGACAUCAUGACAUGUUAGAAAUGCUCGUAUAGUUACAGUAGAGUAAGUAUCACAAUCUUAGCUUACAAGACGUACGUAUAUAUGUUGUCAACUAAUGUAAGAAUAUUGUUUAGUUUUUGACAUGUAGAAGUGCUCGUAUAGUUGUUUUUAGUGUGCUUGUUUUUUGAGAAGCUGUAGAGACCGUAUCAUCUAAGAGAUCGAGAGCUUGUUCCAGACUGGUGUUAUGAUUUAUUUUAAGACGUUUUAUAUUGAAUUGAUCAAAUACAAUACCAAUCUAAAACACAUACAUACGCAUGUUUUUAAGAUAAUAUCAUGUUGAUUUAUGGGGGUACUGUUAACUAGUAUUACAUAUCUCGUCAUUUGUCGUUAAAAGAUUAAAAAAGGAAGUGAAAACGUAUUGGAUUUUAAUAAAAUUCAACCUUUUCUCUCACGAGGAUUUUUUUCAAACUAGUCACUUUAUUUUACCAUGAACUUUUUGAAAAUUGGAACCCAAGAAAAAAGUAGAAAUAUGAAGCUAGAUAGAAACAUAGCACAUUGUAAACAUAAAAAAUAAAUGUAACAAACUUAUUCGCAAAAACAAAAAAAAAA